GCCCGUUCAGACUACACUUUUUUUUCCCGUAUUCCGGAGUCCGGAUUUUUUUCAAGAAAAAAAAUCCGGACGACGAAAAAAGUACCCGUUCAGACUGUCUUUUUAUUUUUCCGAUUUUCUGAAAGUCGGCGACAAAUUUAGAAGACGUUGCCAAGUCACGCUGCGCCGUUUCUAGCAUGAGUUUGAUACAAUUUACCUAGAUGGCUUCGUUUUUGACAGUUCGUCUGCAGUGUUUGUUUUUUUCUGAACGCUUUCCUCUUAUUAUUAAAUGGAAGUGGAGGUAAAACACAUUGAAUUUGAGUUUUGGAGAUGGAAAAUUAAAAUGAGUAUAGCCCUUAUUCAAGCUUGGCGUUUCGGGAGAAUUCUAAAAUAUAAGGCUCUGCAACGGAAACGUCGUCCACUCGGUCGAAAGUGGACUAGAAAACAUAACACUGCAGAAAAUCGAGAGAAACAUUCUUGGUACAACACCAUCCUCAAAGAGGCUGCAGUCUCUGACCACUACACCUUCAUUACUGCAACAAGAAUGACUCCUACCAUUUUUGAGGGGCUGCUUCAACGGAUUGCACAAGUUGGGCACAAACAAGACACCACGUUCAGGAAGUGUAUUCCACUGGGUGCCCGACUGGCCAUGUCUCUUCGUUACUUUGCAACUGGGGACAGCUUGCAGUCCAUCGCUUUCGGAUUCCGCUGUGGCAAAUCAACUGCUUCAGAGAUUGUCAUUGAAAUGGCCAAAACUAUUUUCACAGUUCUAUCCCCUGAAUUUCUGAGAGUCCCUACGACGUCUGAAUGGAAAGAGAUAGCGAGUGAUUUCUUUAUCAGGUGGAACUUUGCAAACUGUUGUGGCGCGAUUGAUGGCAAGCAUGUAAGUAUUCGAUGUCCUGGAAAUUCAGGAUUGGUGUACUACAACUACAAAGGCUUUUUUAGCAUUGUUCUCAUGGCCAUGUGUGAUGCGAAAUAUCGCUUCACUCUCUACGACAUUGGUGCAUAUGGGAGGGAGUGUGAUAAGAACGUCUACAGCACAUCACACAUUUCCAAAUCCUUUGACACAAAUUCAACUGGCUUUCCACCCGACUGCAGUCUGCCAUUCACGGUAGAUGGAGACUAUCCUGAAAUGCCUCACGUCGUUGUUGCUGAUGACGCAUUCUCUCUCAAACGGUACAUGCUCAAGCCGUACCCAGGCCGUACAACUGGAAACAUGCCCCGGGAUAAGGUUGUCUUCAAUUACAGACUGUCAAGAGCCCGAAGAAUAAUAGAAAAUGCCUUCGGCAUUAUGUCUGCUCGAUUUCAGCUCUUCUUGAAAAGUAUCUCUGCCGAUCCCAAAAACGUAAACCAUUUCGUUAAAGCCGGCCUUGCACUUCACAACUUUCUCAUCACGCAAGAUAAAAACUAUUCAGAUGCUGAUUUUGCUGAUCGUUACCUACACAAUGGAGUGGUGCAGCCCGGCCAGUGGCGUCGAGAGUUAAAGAAACGAACCACUUGUUUCACAAAGUUGGCCUCGAGUUCAUUUAAAGGAAAUGGUACCGGAAUGUGAUUUCACAACGCCUUGACCUCUAAUAGAAUACUAUUAAAAUAAGAAAAGUUUACUACGAAAA